UAUUAUAUUAUUAACUAAAAAAAUCUUAUAGUAUUGUGUUUAUAUAAAUAAUUAACCACUUCUUCUUCUCUACGAAAACUUCACUAUAGCUAUACAAUAAUCAUUCUCUCAAAGUGACCAAGAAAAGACUAGGAGACAACAAGUAUAAAUAUAUCUAUAUAGAAAUUUUAAAUUAAUUUGUUUUUCUUCAUGGUUUUUAAUUUUGGUUUUGAAUUUUAUUAUGAUAUAUAAUAAUGAUGAUAUUAUAUAUACACAUCUUUUUGUUGAUCAUGUAAAUUAGAUACAUAUAUCAUUCAUUAUGCAAGAAGCUCCUUGUUUGAUCUCCAACAACAACAUUGGUUCAAGUACUACUCAACAUCAUCAUGUUCAUCCCAAAAAUACAUACAAUAUCUUUGUGGGUUCAUGGAACGUUGGCGGUGUUUCACCACCUGAUCAUCAUAUGGAUGAAGCUUUGAAUGAGUGGCUUCGCGCCAGUACUCAUGAUAAACCUGCUGAUCUCUAUGUUUUCGGAUUUCAAGAAAUUGUUCCAUUGAAUGCUCGAAAUGUUAUAGUGACCGAAAACAACAAGAUUUGUUCGAAGUGGAAUUCUUCAAUCCGAGCCGCUCUUAACAAAAACACAACAUCAAAACAAGAAGAAGAUGAAGAUAACAACAAUAAUAAUAAGUUUCAAAAAGUGUAUCCAAUAAAAAAUGAUAACAAUAACAAUAAUAAUAGAGGUGAAUUAUUUGGAUACCUUAUUAGUAAACAAAUGGUUGGAAUAUUCAUAAGCAUUUGGGUUAGAAGUGAUCUUCUUCAAUGUAUUAACAACCUAAGUGUUGCACGUGUUGGUUGUGGUCUCAUGGGUUACUUGGGAAAUAAGGGUUCGGUGUCUGUACGAUUUUUGUUGCAUGAAACAAGCUUCUGCUUUGUGUGUAGUCAUCUUGCUUCAGGUGGAAAAGAAGGAGAUGAGAGGCUUAGAAAUGAAAAUGCGUCUAAAAUUUUGUCACUCACCACUUUUACGUCUAGUAAUGCUCAUCAUCAUUUCCCACGAAAAAUUCUUGAUCACGACUGUAUAAUAUGGCUUGGAGAUUUGAACUACAGAAUUCAAUUGCCAGAGGACUUAACUCGACUUCUUGUAGAAAAGAGAGAAUGGGAUAUUUUAUUAAAAAAUGACCAGCUUAAAGUGGAAAUGAAUGAGGGACACAUAUUCGAGGGUUGGAAUGAAGGAGAAAUAAAGUUUGCCCCAACAUACAAAUACAAUUCUAAUUCUCAAUCUUAUUUUGGGACUCAUAAUCAUAAUAAUCUCAAUCAUCAUCACCAAAUCAAACACCAAAUUAAGAGGCGUGCUCCAGCUUGGUGUGAUCGCAUAAUUUGGUUGGGUAAAGGAUUGAAGCAAAAUCAUUAUGGAAGAAGAGAAAUGCAAUUGUCUGAUCAUAGACCUGUCUGUUCUUUUCUUACCUAUCACACUAAUUUAUAAUAAAUAUUUAAUUUAAUUAAUUAA